UCACGUGCCUAGAUACGAAAUAUUUGCGCCAAAUUUGUUUGUCAUGGCAGUACAAGCUAUAGUUAGCUAACGGUUAACUAGAUAAAUGUACAAGUAGUCCAUUAUUUCAUAUUUAACGUCACUUAAGAGGGAGAAAACGUAUAUUCACAUCAAUAACUGGGAAGAUGUGGGUCUGCAAUGGAUUCAGAAGACAACCAGAAAUUUGACAGCAAUAACGUUACUACAAAUGCAAGGUUGAAGUCAACCCCGAAUAAAAGAGGAGGGGGCAAUAUCUUACCUGUUAGGGGAGCACUAAGGACGCCAUACUCAGGAUCUAAAAGGGUUCACUCCAGUUUUAAAUCUCCAUUACAGGCUCCCAGAACAUCAUGUUGCCCUACAGCAGUUCAGCCAAGCCUUGAACAGGAGAUAGAGGAUCUGAAGAGGAAGCAGAGUGAACUAGACUAUGAGAUCACCCAGCUGGAGAACAAUGGUGUGGGAAUUCAAGAGCUGGAGCAACACAUUGACCUCUUACAUGAGUACAAUGACAUCAAAGACAUUGGGCAGACCCUGCUGGGCAGACUGGCUGCAGUACGAGGUGUGACCACGCGGGACUUAUACACCCGAUUUGGACUUGAACUGGAUGACUGAGUGUUACUGCACGCUGAAGAAAAUAAAGAAGAAACAGGUCUUACCCCAUCUCCUGCAAGAAAGUCAAAGAAAAGGAUUUUUCAUGCCACCUAUUUAUUUUGGUUGUAUUACAUGAAAACGUUUGGUUGAUUUCGAAGAGAGAUAACUGAUUGGUUCUUUCUGAGUUGAUUGUGAGUGAGGCAAGUUCAUGUCCACACACUACUGUUGAUCCAUGCAGUGAUGUUUAGGACUACACAGAGGACAAAGGUGGAAUAAGGAUUGAUAACAUGAGGAUAUGGCAUAUCAUGAUGGCAAUGUUUGAGACUGAUAGCACUGGGUUGAGUGGAAAGGGUGCCACUUACUGCAUUUUAGGGAUUUAUUAGCAAUCUUGUUAACUUGUUUUUGGAGCAAAGAGCAUAGUCCAUACAUAAUAUCCCCUUGAAGGUCAGAGCACUACCUUGCAUACAUGACAGUGGAAAGCGUGGGCCUAGCUUCUUACAUCACAGUGAUGCAGUCUGCAUCCUGGCCUCAACGUUUUCAGUGAAAGCUGAUCUGUGAUUCAAGUGUCCUCGAUUGUAUAUGAAAGGCAGAAAAUGGUUUGAUUUUAUUAGUCUUUUGACAUGUAACACGUGUGCCACAGCAGAACCAAAGGAAAUCUUUAAAAUGUU